AUGGAUACAUUGAUGAUGACAGGGAACAACUUUGGGGAUGUUUCCGACGGUCUCUUCACUGAAGGUGAACACCAUCGCAGUCUAUCGUUGAUGAACCUGUCACGAAAUGGAAUUACUAAAAUAUCUUCUGACACCUUCAAAGGAACCCCAUCCGUACAAUUUUUGUAUCUCAAAGAUAACGAUAUCAAGCAUGCUGGACGGUACCCAUUUGAGCCAAUGGAGAGGUCAGCUAUCUUUUUUUUUCUAUUUUUCAAUAUCAUGACUGAAUGACU